UUUUAUAUUAUUUUUGGGGUCAAAUUGUCCAGUUUGUUCAAAAUCUUGUCUUGCUUAUUACGUUUCAUUGCUUAUUUCGUCACACUCUUUUCUUGGGAAAUGCCAUUUAUGGUCAUGUAUUUCCUGCCAACUAGAGUUCAUAGUCCGCCAUUUUUUUUCCUCGCAGUGAUUUUGUAGUUUCAUAUCAUCAUGCCUAAGGUGCAAGUUCAGAAAUGUUCAGUUCUCGGGUGUGUGGACCAACAUAGUUCUUUUCACAGACUGCCAGCAUCUGAGCCUCUUCGAAGUGCCUGGUUACAUUUCAUUUUUCGAGGAAAUGUACCCGCAAAUGUGGGGAAAGUGCUUCUUGUUUGCAGCAAACACUUUUCGGAUGAAUGCUUCAGCAACCUCMGUCAAUUUCAGGAAGGUUUUUCCGAGAGACUUCGCCUGAUUGAGGGUUCUGUUCCUUCUCUUUAUGGAAGCGAUGGUCAAACCAAAUUGAAGUCUGAAGCAACAAGGCAAGAGAUGACGUUUACCAGCACUUUGUCUCAAACCAAACCAAGUCUGAAGCAACAAGGCAAGAGCCGACGUUUACCAGCACUUUGUCUCAAACCAAACCCAACAUGCGCUCAGUUGGGACACAACUAUCCAUUUCAACUCUCCAACCCCAUGUUAAAAGUAAAGGAAUACAGGUGACCCCAAAGUGUUUUGACRUUAGCACCAACACUUCAACAACUACAUUUGAGCAAACGCACACCUUAUUGUCAUCCACACCAGUAAAGCGACCACUGUUGUCUGUUAUUCCUGAAGAAUUGACACCAAUAAAGAGACCCCGUUUGGAGGGGUCCAAAGUGGGUKAUGACUCAUUAGAAGGCAGCUCUAUUAUGAAUGUACAAAGCCCACAAGAUCCCACAUAUGACCCUGAAGACUCCAUAAGUGCUUUGUCUGAGAUGCCUGAACACAA